GGUGGGAUAUAAUAAUGUGGGAUGGUGGGAUCUGGUGGGAUCUGGUGGGAUCACGUAGAGCGUUCAUAAAUCAGUGUUUAUUUUUAGUGAGCGCACGUCCCGAACAAUUCAAGAGUAUUUGUAAAUAUACGCUAUUCUUUGGCGUAUAAGAUUUAUUUAUUAUACAACAAUCGGUUCGAUAACAGAAGAAUUCUUCUGUCCGACUAUCGUGAAAUGUCAAUGUAAUUUGUUCAAGUACUAAUCGUAUUAACAAUAAGUAAUAAUCGUGUUGAAAAGAGCCGAUUAAUUCCUGAAAGAAGAUAAAUCUGUGUGUAGCAACAUAGCCACAGCUGAGCGAUUGGCUUCUGUCUUCUUUCUCUUAGAUAUAAUCGCGUCCCACGGUGCGCCUCGUUACGUUCAUAUUUCAUUUUUAUACAAUCAUCUCAAUAUGCACCUCGCAUGCAAAUGCCUAAACGUGUCAAUCAAGGCGAGGGGCAACGAACUGGAAAGGGUUAAAAUUGAAGAUUACGAACUGACCGCUACCGAACUCGCUGAUCCCUUCUUCCAAGAGAAUGUUGCGACUGUUGGAGAAUUGGAAGGUAUUACAAAGGAAUUACCUGGUUUGGUAGAAGUUCGAAAUAUUGGAGCCUGGGCUGUUCACCGAUGUAUCAAUUGUUCAAUGAAUACCCACGCAGUCCACAGAGAACGGGGUGCAGCACUAGUUUUGAUAAAUACCAAUGUCCUUAAAAGUGCUGAUGAAAUAGCUAAACUAACAGCGAGUCCUAACUUCAGUUCUAUAUUUAGGAUAAUGAUUGACAAUAAUAACAUAGACACCGUAGAUUUUCUGCAACCACCUAAUAAGUUUUCAGUGUCGCAGCUUCCAAGUAAUCUACAAUCGGCUCUUGGCGGUUUGCAACAACAGCUUGAAACAGCUGUGCAGAGGGAAGCUGCUGCAACUGAAGAAAGAGUUCGAGCUUUUUCCGCUGAACAGUAUCAACUUUUAGAGCAGUACAGAGAACAUGCACAUAUGGAGCACAGGUUGCUCGUUGGCCUAAUUUGCAACCAAAAAGAAACAGAAAAACCCGCAACCAUGGAAAUAUCUCAUGCUAUUUCUGACACGAUCCAACCAAAUAUAGCUCAACCAAUGUCUAAUGCACAGAAUACUAGACCUUACACAGUGGCGAGUGAUACAAAGAUCGUUGGCGGACCUAACAUCAGACACCAGGCAGCAACAAAACAUCCUGCUAACCUUCACCUAAGGAGUGGAGCUGACAAGAAAGCAUCGUUGAGACUGUAUUGCAAGGAACCCAGUAGUUACGACACUGAGGCAUUGUUUACAAUUGAAGGCAUGGAUGACUCCGUACCCGCAGAACAAGCUCAACAAUCUGAAGAAGAGUCUGACACUGAUGAUUCCGGCCAUGACGAAGGUAUCCAUAUUCCGCGAGGACAGAGAAGCGGCCAUCCAACCCUGGCCAAAUCCUUGCCAGUCAGUGUUCCUGUAUUUCCCUCCUUCACCCGUCAAAUUCAGCAUGAUCAAGGAGACGAUCAGCUAUCGAGGGAUCCACACGAUCCACAUAAUAUUCGUGCAUCGAUGAAGGCUUUGGCAAAAAGUGUUCAUGGAGAUACAGUCUUUGGUGAUUUGCCACGUCCACGAUUUUCUACUCAGAUCUAACCUGGUAUAUGUACAAAUCUGUACUGUAUUCUAAUCACAUCGACCCAUUAUUUAGUAUAAAAUAUUUGUCAACUAUUGUUUAACCAUAGAAUUAUUGAAGAAUUUCACCCACAACUGAAAAUGAGUCGAAAAAUUAAAGAUAAAAAGUUUGAGUGAA